CGAAUAUAAUGAUUAGAUAACAAAUGUCUGCAGUGACACAAAAGCCGUUCGUGAGAUUUGAUUGAGCUGUCUUUCAACUCCUCUUGUCACAGAAAUAUUGCGUAACCGCUCUUACGUCAGCUGUUUAUCUAUCAUGGAGGAGUAUGCCCGUGAACCUUGUCCAUGGAGGAUAGUUGAUGACUGUGGGGGUGCAUUUACCAUGGGGGCCAUUGGAGGGGGGGUCUUCCAGUCUGUGAAAGGCUUUCGCAAUGCCCCUGUGGGUGUCCGACACAGGCUGAGAGGGAGUGCAAAUGCCGUGAGAGUUAGAGCGCCACAAAUUGCAGGUAGUUUUGCUAUAUGGGGUGGACUCUUUUCCACAAUAGACUGUGGUUUGGUGCGUCUACGGGGAAAGGAAGACCCUUGGAACUCCAUCACCAGUGGAGCUAUGACUGGAGCUAUACUGGCUGCACGCAGUGGGCCAAUAGCUAUGGUGGGCUCUGCGAUGAUGGGGGGAAUUUUGCUUGCCCUUAUUGAGGGCUUUGGGAUACUCCUCACUAGAUACACAGCACAGCAGUUCCAGAAUUCGAGUCCCUUUGUGGAGGACCCGAGUCAGCUUCCCCCAAAAGAAGGAAGCCAAGGAACACGUUAUGGACAGUAUCAUUAGAACCACUGUGUUACCAUGGUGACUGUAAUAUAAUAGACUGUGAAAAAAUCGAGAGGACUGUUAGAAGUUUAGGAGCCUCCGCAUAGUUUACAGAACCCUCUCCAGAGACCAGGGGAGGGGAUACUCGCCAGAAGCUUUCAUCAUCCUUUUAUUGAUGAUAGAUGUUUAUAUUGAUGCCACUCAGGGGCAAACAGUAAGUAAAUUGUAUAAUUUAUGAAUUGUGAUAUACACUUUGGUAUUUUGUCCUGUUGCAAAGGGAAGGAGUUGGAACAUUGGUAACCAAAGAUUUGCAUCAAGCACAUCCCUUCAAUUUAAUUAUUUUUGUAGUUUACACCCAUUUCAACACAUCAUGUAUUGACAACAUUCUUAUGUUGAGAAAAAUAUAUAGUGAUUCUACACUAGAAAAGCCUCAAGGAUUUUACAUUUCGAGCAAUUUUUAGGAAGUUGCACUUAGUGGAUCAGAUAAAUGUAAAGUAUUUACCUGAAAAAACAACAGUUUUAAAUCAUUCAAAUUUUAACAAAGCAAAUGAGCAAUGUAUGGCUGCAGUACAUUUUUCUAUGUCUCAUUACUUGUCAUGCAAAGUUUAUUUUAAUCUAAUCCAUGACUUGAACCUGGACAAUUGCUUAACCAGCAAGAAAGGUCCUCUUUUAGGUCCUAUUUUGAUGUUUUGCACCUUUUCAAUUUUGGAGCCACUUAACCUUCAUUCUUUUAAUGCCAAACUGAACAUUUGUGUUUAUGCUCCAUUUGAUAAUGUGCAUUCAGGAGAGACACUGUUGUUGAAAUUAAGAUUCAUCUUAAGCACUUUAAUAAUGUUCCUCUACCAAAUAGUUUUUAGCGUGUCAUUCAUCCUCUCUGUGUUGUUUUGUGCUGAGCAGUUUCCUACACUCACUCAUCACUAUAUACAUUUUAUUAUAAUUUAUCACAGGUUUAUAUGAUGGAUUUUUCUUCUUUUUUUUUGGUGCUCUUCAAGAAAGAAUAUGUAUGAGUAUCUUGUCUUAAAUUAUUUGUAUUGUUGCUAUAGGCUUUAAAAGCUGGAUGGAUGGAUGGUUGCUAUGGUUUGUAUUAGAAGUAAUAUUCAGUCUUAAUCAAUAAUUUUGAAUAAAUAAUGUUAUUAAAGCUGAUUGUAAUAUUUUUGAUGUACAAAAACAAUCUCCUAUCCCAGCUCAAUAUGCAGAAAUAAUUAAAAUAAACCAUUUGUUGGCUGAUUUCUUAGAAAAGU